ACUAUAGCCGUGACUUGGCCAUCCAUGGGGAGAAGGGGGAAUUUGCUACCAAAUGCCGCUUAUGCUCACACGCCAUGCACGUGAUGUAUCCCACUCCAGUGUCAAUUUCACAGCAUUUGCAAAUGGAGGAAUCCAAAACGGCAAAAUUCUCAUUUGCUGAGCCAAAAUUUCCAAACCCCAAACCUCAAAAGGGAAACUAAACCCCUUCGCCUUCCCGCGCCCCGAGUUUCUAUUUACUAUCUGUAUUCUGUACACAAUACACAUCGGCAGCCAGCAAUUGGGGUUUACAGAAUAAAAGAAGGAGGAAAACCACACCGUUAUGACUCAGCCAUCGGUGCCACCGCCGCUGGCCGCGCAACCACCGCCAGCGCUGCAGCCACAUGGAGGCGGAGUACAAGUACGUUGUGCAGGUUGCCGGAUGAUACUGACGGUGGGACCGGGGAUGGUUGAUUUUGUAUGCCCGACGUGUCAGAUGCAUCAAAUGCUGCCGCCGGAGUUAAUGAAUAGGGUUCACAAGAAUCAUCCACAGAAAACCACACAACAGCAGUCACAACAACAACAGCAGCAGCAACAAGUGCCUGCUCACGGCAUCGACCCAACUAAGAUCCAACUUCCUUGUGUUAACUGCAAGGCUCUUCUUAAUGUGCCUCAUGGUUUAUCUAGGUUUUCGUGCCCUCAGUGUUUUGUUGAUCUCGCCGUCGAUUUAUCUAAAGUUAAACACUUGUUUUCUUAUCAUCCUCCAACGACAGCAGCAGCAACACCACCACCAACAGCAGCAACACCUCUUCCUCCUCUGCCGCGACCUCUGCCGCCUCCUAUUCCUCAAGAGGAAGUCAACGAGGUGGCUAUUGAAGUGGAACGAGAAGAAGAUGAGGGUGGCACUGUAGGAGAAACAUUUACAGAUUAUCGACCUCCAAAGCUUUCUAUUGGACCCCCUCAUCCUGAUCCUAUAGUGGAAACAUCUUCUUUAUCUGCAGUGCAGCCUCCUGAGCCUACUUAUGAUCUGAAAAUUAAGGAUGAUUUGGAAAGAGAAAACGCUUUGUCAUGCUUGCAGAUUGAGACUCUGGUCUAUGCUUGCCAGAGGCACCUCCAGCACCUUCCGAGUGGUGCUAGGGCGGGAUUUUUUAUUGGAGAUGGAGCUGGUGUGGGUAAAGGUCGAACAAUUGCAGGGUUGAUAUGGGAGAACUGGCUCCAUGGGAGGAGGAAAACAUUGUGGAUUUCCGUUGGUUCAGACUUAAAGUUUGAUGCAAGGAGAGACUUGGAUGAUGUGGGUGCAGCAUAUAUUGAAGUGCAUGCUUUGAAUAAGCUUCCCUAUUCCAAGCUUGAUUCAAAGUCUGUUGGUGUCAGGGAGGGAGUUGUAUUUUUAACUUACAGUAGUCUUAUAGCAUCUUCUGAAAAAGGCCGUUCUCGUCUACAGCAGCUUGUUCAGUGGUGUGGGUCAGGAUUUGAUGGUCUUGUCAUAUUUGAUGAGUGCCACAAAGCAAAAAAUUUGGUACCUGAGGCUGGGAGUCAGCCAACACGAACAGGUGAAGCGGUUCUUGAGAUCCAGGCUCGUCUUCCUGAAGCACGUGUUAUUUAUUGCUCAGCAACUGGUGCCUCCGAGCCACGUAAUAUGGGUUAUAUGGUCAGGCUUGGACUUUGGGGAGCUGGAACAUGUUUUUCUGAUUUCCAGAAGUUCUUAGGUGCUCUUGAAAAAGGGGGUGUAGGAGCACUUGAACUUGUUGCUAUGGAUAUGAAAGCAAGGGGAAUGUACGUAUGUCGUACCCUUAGCUACAAAGGGGCUGAGUUUGAAGUUGUUGAAGCACCUUUAGAGACUGAAAUGGUGGAGAUAUAUAAAAAAGCAGCAGAAUUUUGGGCAGAGUUGCGUGUGGAAUUGCUUUCUGCAAGUGCUUUUCUCACUAAUGACAAACCGAUUUCUAGUCAAUUGUGGAGAUUAUAUUGGUCAAGCCAUCAGCGUUUCUUCAGACACUUGUGCAUGUCAGCAAAGGUUCCUGCCGCUGUAAGAUUAGCUAAGCAAGCUCUGAUGGAAGAUAAGUGCGUGGUUAUUGGCCUCCAGAGUACUGGAGAGGCUCGAACAGAAGAAGCUGUGACUAAAUAUGGCCUUGAACUUGAUGAUUUUAUCUCUGGACCUCGAGAGCUUUUGCUGAAAUUUGCUGAGGAAAAUUAUCCUUUGCCAGAAAAACCCGAAUCUCUCUCAGGAGAUGAAGGUGUGAAAGAACUUCAACGGAAGCGGCAUUCAGCAACACCUGGUGUUUCAUUAAAAGGGAGAGUUAGGAAAGUUGCAAGAUGGAAGCCUGCAAGUGAUGGUGAAAGUGAAGAAGAAUCUGAAACUGACUCUGCACAUGAAUCAACCGACUCCGAUGAUGAGUUCCAGAUUUGUGAGAUAUGCAAUGGAGAAGAGGAAAGGAAGAAAUUAAUUCGAUGUUCUUGCUGUGGGCAACUGGUCCAUCCGGCAUGUUUAGCCCCACCUAUUACUGACUUAGUAUCUGAAGAUUGGUCAUGUUAUUCAUGCAAGAUAAAAACGGAUGAAUAUAUUAAAAGAAAAGAAGAGUAUGAUGCGGAACUCUUGAAGAGAUAUGAAGCCUCCUUGGAGCGCAAGUCAAAAAUUUUGGAGAUAAUUCGUUCCUUGGAUCUCCCAAACAAUCCCUUGGAUGAUCUUAUUGAUCAGCUUGGAGGCCCUGAAAAAGUUGCAGAAAUGACUGGGAGGAGAGGCAUGCUUGUAAGGGCCUCUAGUGGAAAAGGUGUAACUUAUCAGGCACGGAACACAAAGGAUGUCACCAUGGAAAUGGUCAACAUGCAUGAGAAGCAGCUAUUCAUGGAUGGUAAGAAAUUGGUUGCUGUCAUUUCUGAGGCUGGAUCAGCCGGUGUCUCAUUGCAGGCAGACAGAAGAGCAAUAAAUCAGAAAAGAAGGGUUCAUCUGACGCUGGAACUUCCUUGGAGUGCUGAUCGAGCAAUUCAACAGUUUGGAAGAACUCAUAGGUCAAAUCAAGCUUCUGCACCAGAGUACAGGCUAUUGUUCACUAACCUUGGUGGAGAGCGCCGAUUUGCAUCUAUAGUUGCCAAGAGAUUGGAAUCUCUUGGGGCAUUAACGCAGGGAGAUCGGAGGGCUGGACCAACUUUGAGUGCUUAUAACUAUGAUAGUGCCUAUGGGAAAAAGGCAUUGAUGGUGAUGUAUAGAGGAAUAAUGGAGCAGGAUGUCCUGCCAGUUGUACCUCCUGGGUGUUCAUCUGAGAAUCCAGAGUCCAUUCAAGAUUUUAUCAUCAAGGCAAAAGCUGCACUUGUGGCUGUUGGAAUAGUUAGAGACUCUGUUAUUGGUAAUGGAAAGUUAUCUGGCCGCAUAAUUGAUUCGGACAUGCAUGAUGUUGGGCGUUUCCUCAAUCGACUCUUAGGACUGCCACCUGAGAUUCAAAAUAGGUUGUUUGAUUUGUUUGUCAGUAUCUUAGAUCUUCUUGUUCAGAAUGCACGCAUUGAAGGAAAUCUUGAUUCUGGGAUUGUUGAUAUGAAAGCUAACAUCAUUGAAUUACAAGGAACCCCAAAGACAGUUCAUGUUGAUCAAAUGUCUGGGGCAUCAACAAUUCUGUUUACUUUCACUCUGGAUCGAGGAAUAACAUGGGAGUCUUCAAGUACCAUGAUUGAGGAGAAGCAAAAAGAUGGACUUGGCUCUUCUAGUGAUGGAUUCUAUGAAUCUAAAAGGGAAUGGUUGGGAAGACGUCACUUCAUUUUAGCAUUUGAAAGUCCUGCAUCGGGAAUGUUUAAGAUUGUAAGGCCUGCUGUUGGAGAGUCAGUGAGGGAAAUGCCUCUGGCAGAGUUGAAAAGUAAAUAUAGAAAAAUAUCAUCUCUUGACAAGGCACGAAGUGGUUGGGAAGAUGAAUAUGAAGUUUCAUCCAAACAGUGCAUGCAUGGGCCCAAUUGUAAGCUUAGCAACUUCUGCACAGUUGGCAGAAGAUUACAAGAAGUGAAUGUUUUGGGCGGCCUCAUUCUUCCUGUUUGGGGGACUAUUGAGAAGGCCCUAUCUAAGCAGGCACGUCAAAGCCAUAAACGGCUCCGUGUUGUGCGAUUAGAGACCACCACAGAUAGCCAUCGCAUAGUUGGUUUGCUUGUACCAAAUGCUGCAGUAGAAACUGUGCUUCAAGAUCUAGCAUGGGUUCAAGAUAUUGACGAUUGAGAUGUAAUUAUAGAUCUAGCAUGCCUUCAGAAGCUGCAAUUGUGUGGAUACAGCAUAAGCAUCAUACUGAGAAGAUUGAAGAGUUCGUUUCUGCAACAUCUAAUGAAAUUGUGCAGUGUCAUUUUUUUGUCUCACAGGUUCAUUUUUUUUUUUUGAGCCAUUUUUCCCCAUAUAAUUUUUGUAUAUUUCUGGAGAUCACAGAAUAAAAAGAGAAUGAUAGGUUACUAGGCUGUAUUGUUCAUAGAUGUACUUCUAACUAAUUUGUACAAUGGAUUAAAACACUUGUCAGUAAAAUUUACAGCUGAAAUAGAAAUUACUUUUGCCUUUACAGUAA